CAGCAUUCAAAACGCUCCGCACUCUGUUCUGUGCACGUCUGGUUCCUGUCAUCUCCAGAAUGCCAAAACGUGGGAAGAAGGAAGAUACCAAGAGCAAGGCUGUGCAGGAUGAGGGUAGGUACAAUGAUGAACCUGAGAACAAGAAAGGGAAGAAGGGAGGAGGAAAGGAUGCAGAACCUGUUCCAGUGUAUGAGGAUGCUCCUGAUAAUUUGACUUCUGACGAUGGCAAGAAGUAUACAUGGAAGAUAAGCUCCUGGAAUGUUGAUGGCAUCAGAGCAUGGGUCAAAAAAGAAGGUGUAAAUUGGGUACGAGAGGAGGAUCCUGAUAUCCUAUGCCUGCAGGAGACAAAGUGUGCAGAAAAAGCCCUUCCUGCAGAUAUUAAGGAAAUGCCCGAGUACCCUCACAAGUACUGGGCUUGUUCUGAUGAAAAGGAGGGCUACAGUGGAGUGGCAAUGCUGUCCAAGAAGAAACCUCUAAAUGUCUCCUAUGGCAUUGGAAUUGAAGAGCAUGAUAAGGAGGGCCGUGUAAUUACUGCCGAAUAUGAGUCUUUUUACUUGGUUGCUGCUUAUGUUCCCAAUGCCAGCCGUGGCCUGGUACGCCUGGAUUACCGCCAACGCUGGGAUGUAGACUUUCGUAGUUACUUGAAGGAAUUGGACAACAAAAAGCCACUUAUUCUGUGUGGUGAUUUAAAUGUUGCUCACCAGGAGAUUGAUCUGAAAAAUCCCAAAACCAAUAAGAAGACUCCUGGUUUCACCCCACAGGAAAGGGAGGGAUUUGGAGCUCUGUUGGCUGAAGGCUUCCUGGACAGCUUCCGUGAGCUGUAUCCCGACAAGCCUUAUGCCUACACCUUCUGGACCUACAUGAUGAAUGCUCGGGCCAAGAAUGUGGGCUGGAGAUUGGAUUAUUUUGUCCUGUCCAAAGCCUUGAGGCCAGCCUUGUGUGACUGCAAGAUCAGGAGCAAAGCUCUAGGGAGUGACCACUGUCCUAUAACCCUUUAUAUGGCUAUAUAAAGGAAACAAGUGGUUAGUACCUCGAUUCAGCAUAUAGGCAUUUAUCUAGUACUUUGGCCACUGAACUGUGAUCCAACGUAGCCCUAGCACCAGAUAAAUGUCCCCCAUACAUGGUUAUAGACAUGUAGUUGCUCAGUUGUUUAAUUUUGUGCUCCAUGAAUAAGCUUUUCACUGCUCCUAUAUAAAACCAACACAAAGAAGUGUCUUUUUGCCAACUGGUAGGGACCUAUUCAAAUGUAGCCUUUUGGGCCUUG